GUGAACGUUUUGAUGAUGCCGUAAUUUUGGCAAUCCGAGGCGUAUAACGUUCAGCAGACACAACAGCUGAGUGAACGCUCAUUGUUAUUGGUAUAUUCCUCUAGAUUUAUCAUGGAUCUAAAGGUCUGUGGAAUUCUACUCCAAUCGUCAGACAAUAAUUCUAAUGAGCGCUCACUAAACUAGUGUCCGCUAGUUGAUGCUUCAUCACUCGACCAGUUGAUCUCGUGUCAGUUGUCACUCGCAAGAUAGCGGCAGUGAUCGUGAUUACUUCAUUCAAAUAAUAUUUGAGAGAAUUGCUUGUCGGCAGUCUGAAUGCAAAUCAGUUGGCUAAGCAAGAUUUAAUAUAUCUUUCGAAACGACACGGUGAAAGAGAGAGGAGAGAGGUGGAAGUUGAAAUAUGAAAUAAUUAUACGAGAUAUAACUGACAAGCCAAUCCUAAGGGAUUAUUCAUUAUAUACAGUCAGCAGAAUCACUAAACUAUUAAACACACACAGUGGUAUUCUCUGACUGGGUGGAAUUUAUAAAGAGAAUCAAUUGGUAUAUGAAAAAGACAGAAGAUUCUUUAUCACAAUGAUAGUUAGAGCUUUAUGCAAUACCUUUUCGGGAAGACAGAUUGGCUCGUGCAUGCAGUCACAGUUAUUAAAACGAAACCCAUACUUGGGUCUUGGACAAUUGACACGAACGAUAUUCUCGCAUCAUGUCUCAAAGAAUAUUGAAUUUCUUACACAAAAUAAUCGUAUUAUCUCAUCUAAAAACAUUGCUCAAACUCUAAAUGUAACAAACAAUCGUCCUUUGUUAGUUAUUCUCACUUGGCUACUAUCAGAGCGACGACAUGUUAUGAAGUUUGUUAAUUUGUACAUGGAACAAGGUUUUGACGUGGUAGUGGUAUCCCUUACACCUUGGCAACUUAUGUGGCCUGCGAAGGGUUCUAGGCUAGUGGCAGCCGAUUUGUUAACUUUCUUAAAACAAAACGAAAGUUACCAACAAAUUCUGUUACAUGGGUUUUCAGUGGGUGGUUACAUGUGGGGUGAAGCUUUGGAUUUGAUACAAAGCAGCAACGACAAGUACAAUACUGUUACUGACAGAAUUGUUGGACAGGUGUGGGACAGUAUAGCUGACAUUAGUCAAAUCGCAAUUGGUUUUCCUCGUGCAGUAUUCCCGAAAAACAUGAUGUUGCAAUCUAUGUUACGAAAAUACGUAGAAUAUCACAUGAAGACAUUCCACCAGCAAGCGACACAGUAUUACAUUCGAUCCAGUCAGGUAUUUCAUGCUGCUAACGUCCUACGCGUACCAGCAUUAUUGUUUGUAAGCAAAACUGAUCCUGUUGGAGCUGUAACCAGCAAUUUAUCUUUGCGCGAGACCUGGGAUUCUUUAGGAAUAAAGACGUAUAUGAAGAUAUUCGAAAAGUCGCCGCACGUUUCCCACUUCUAUACAUAUCCUAAGGAAUACGUUGCCGAACUUUAUGCCUUCUUACAAAAAUUAAAUUUAAUACAAAACGAAGAAAAGAUUAGAGCGCGUCUCUAAGUAUCUCAAAAGCGCACUAUUCUUUCACAUAUAGUUGUAUUUUUUUAUAUAAAAUUGCCUUUUCGAUUACAUUCUAUUUUGUACACUUAACACUUGCCUAAUGCACACAUGCAUAAUAUACAUAAGACAAUAGACGAUUUUGUAUAUAUUUAAACUUACAAAGUAUUUAUAUAAAAUUUCA